GAUUCAAACGGAAAGGCAUGAAAUAGAAGAGGGGAAAAUGAAUGAGCUGUUUGUUCAUUCGAUAUUCAUCUGAUUUGUCAUUUGUACCAUAAACUUCUUUUUGAAUUUGUUGAGGUCACCUCUCCAAAUCUGAAUUUAGUAUAGACGUCUGGUUUUCUGCUUGUUUGUAUUGCUGUGACAUAUAAGAUAUGGGUAAGAAAGGUGCCAAGAAGACCAGAGACGAAGAGCCAAGCGAUUACGAUACGGAAAAUCUGCGCUGGCGUCGUCUGGCCGAAGUCACCAUCUUCCUGGAUGCAGACAGCGAGGCUUCAGAGGAACCGCAGCACUCUUUGCCCUUUCUGGAUCAGUUCCCCUGUUUAGCGCUCAAAUCUCGGGCACGCAAGAAAAAUCCUAAAGUGAUCUGUCACUGCACGCGUCUCUUCUGCAACGAUCAAGAUUUGGUUUGGAAGCCGUUUACCGACAUAGACAGCAGCCUGGGCAAGUCCUCUAAAGCCCGUCGCAGUGCGGAAGCCAAAGAGGAUGCCGAGGAAGGCAGUAGCGACGAGUUAGCGUUGGAUCUGGAGGAGCUGUGCGGCGACGUGAACGAGAACGAGUUCAGCGCCGGCCGCGGUUUCCCGCCCGACCGCCUGCCCAAUCCCAUGCGGGCCGAUCGCCCCAUCAUUCCCUUUCAGGGGGAGUUUGCUGAUGAUGCGGCCAAGUUGAAAGCGCUUGGUCUGCCGCUGGGAUUUUUGGCUUCCCCCUUCGAAUUAGACCGGGAGUAUCUGAGUAUCCCUAGUGCUCCCCUGAGAGCUGACCGUGCUGUCAAAGAGCCUGCCCAAGUGUUCUCCGCCCCGGAUGUCGGCUGCUGGCAGCCGGUCAACGGCCAAAAGAAACCACCGGAAAAUAAUUACACGAAAGCUGCGCAAGCAUGGGAGCAGUACUGGGCAGUUAGUGGACAAAAGCUGGUGUGGAACAGCUGGUUAUCCAAAUACCGCGAUUUUAUUAAUCCAGAAUAUCUCGAUGGUCUCUGCGCCGAUUUCCUUAACAUGGAUGUGCAACAGGCGACACCGGAAGAAAAAAAUGUUAGUGAUAACAAUAAUAACAUCGACCACAGUCAAAGCAGCUGGAACGGUUUAUGGGAGAAAAAUUACGAAGAGGUAUUCGUGGCGGAAUACCGGGCGUUUAUGCUGCGCACCAUUGAUUGGCUGACCAGCCAGGAGGCGUGUUCCAGCGCCACCGCGCAGACACCGCACGAGGCAGUGGUGUUGUUGGAGCGCAGCGAUGUGGAGUUGGAGAGCCAGGGCGAUAUUUCGGAUUUAGAUAGCGAACAGGCUGAUCCGCGACCCGUUUCACCUGGGAAUUAUCCCGCGGAGGAGGAGUUUGAUGAGAAGGAUUACCAGGACGAUGGGGUGGAGUAUUCUGAUGGCGAUGAAGAGGUGGAGAGCCAAGAACCACCGCAGCACGUACAUGUGCCAGUAACUAAGAGCAGUAUGAAGAAAAAACCAGCGCCUAUUGCUAAACAAACGCCAGCAGCUGCUGUAGUGGACCAGGAGAUUCGGGAGGUUAGAGGAGGAGAAAUCAGGAAGACUGGAGCGCCGAUGAAGCAACCGAUGAGAAGCGCGCCAACCGGUGAAAGCAGCACGGGAUUGCAAGACCAGGAUGAGGGACCGGCCGAAAUCCCCUUCAUGAGUCAUAAGGCCGCCGGGGGGUUCGUCAACGUCUCCGAUGUGGCCAAGACGGAGAAGCUGUUUGAUUUCUUGGGACUUACGCUCGGCUCCGGAGAGGGCGCUACAUACCAGGAGAUGCCCGCCGUCAAAUCCCACCACGUAACAUUCAAAGAGACUAAUCUGCGUCAGCGCUCCAAGGAUCUCAACUUCUGGAAGCGCGGCAACGAGUACGAGAGCAGCAAGUCCCACGAGGGGAAGCGUACCCGCGAGGAGGCGCAGGGCGAAGAAGACGCCUACGAGGACCAGAACUACGGCAUUCCUCAGAAGAUCAUGAAAGUGAUCGGACAGGUGAGGACGGACGAUAUGCCGGCGUUCGUUAAGGGAAACAAGAAAUUGUGGAAGUAUUGGUUUCAACGAUACCGGCUCUUCUCCAAGUACGACGAAGGCAUUCUCAUGGACGAAGAGUCCUGGUUUUCGGUGACGCCCGAGCGGAUCGCUGCGCACAUUGCUGAGCGAUGCCGGUGCGACGUGAUUGUGGAUGCGUUCUGUGGAGUGGGAGGCAGUGCCAUUCAGUUCGCGCUAACUUGUGAACGAGUGAUUGCCGUGGAUAUUGACCCCCAGAAGAUCGCCUUCGCGCAGCACAACGCGCGCAUCUAUGGCGUCGAGGAGCGAAUUGAGUUCAUCUGCGCGGACUUCUUUGAGGUGGCAGGACGCCUCCGUGCCGAUGCAGUCUUUCUUAGUCCACCCUGGGGCGGCCCCCAGUACAUGGAGCAUCGCUCCUUCGAUCUGCAGAAGAUGCAGUUGGACGGCUUCCGCUGCUUCGCUGCCGCCAAACAGAUCAGCGACAGCAUUGCCUUCUUCCUGCCCCGGAACGCCAGCAUCGAACAGAUCGUUUCGCUGGCUGGAGCGGGCGAAAAGGUGGAAACUGAACAGAAUUUCUUGAACCGGAAGCUGAAAACAAUGGUGGCCUAUUUCGGAGAUCUCAUCGACGACGAGUCGUUGAUGUGAGGAUUUCAGUGAACUGCGCGACAGAAAAGACGUUGAAGACAGAGUAGUAUUUUUUAUGCUAACUUUUUAUUUGUCGCUGUGUUUUUAAUUGUGGUAAUGUUUGCGCGAUGAAAAGUAGACAAAAAAAUCAACAUGCAAAGCCGCUUCAUGAAAAUUUGCAUGGUUGCAUUGUAAGAAACUUCUGCUUCGUUGGUCACAAUCGCAAGAGGGAAGAACAUGUUACGAGUACAUGUAGUGCGUUCUUUUUCAUAACUUGUGUAAAACAUAAUACUAAUGAUAUGCCCAGUA